AAUUGGCCAACUUCUAGUAGGCGAGCUGAUUCAGGCGACCUUCCGCCCCUCUGUCAGGCUACUAGCGCAUGAAGCCACAAUGAACGCCAUUCCCUCUUUCCCCCUCAAAUUUCCCACCUCCCAAUUCAGGCACCGAGCAUCUUCUUCUCGUCUCAGCAGCCCACUCGCCGCCGCCAUUCAAACCUCCGCCGCGGCGGUGCCCUGCCACCAGGACUACGCUGCCGUGGUCGCAAACCAGAUCUCCUCCUGCGCGAACGUUUUCCACCUCGUGCAAAUUCAUGCCAGGCUGAUCCGAACCCGUUUCCUCGAUUUUUAUUCAGCGCCGUUUUACUGGAACAACAUCAUACGAUCGUACACGAGACUGGGCUCUCCCAAGAAAGCCAUACAAGUGUUUGUAGAAAUGAUGAGAGCCGGUGCUGGUGCAGAUGAGUAUACAUUGCCCAUUGUGUUGAAGGCGGUUUCUCACGUUUUGAACUAUGUUCUUGCAAAACAGCUUCAUGGUCACGCGUUAAAGCUUGGCUUCACCACUAACAUGUAUUGCGAGAGUGGGUUCAUUAGCUUGUAUGCCAAAGCGGGUGAGUUUGAAAAUGCACGCAAGGUGUUUGAUGAAAAUGGUGAGAGAGUGUUGGGUUCUUGGAAUGCUAUGAUUUCUGGGUUGGCACAAGGAGGGAGGGCAAGGGAGGCACUUGAGAUGUUUUUAAAGUUGAGAAAGGCUGGGUUUCGUCCUGAUGAUGUGACCAUGGUUAGUGUUACUUCCGCUUGUGGUAGUUUAGGGGACUUGAGUUUGGGUUUGCAAUUGCAUAAGUGCGUGAUUCAAGUAAGGAUGGCUGAGAAAUCUGAUCUGUUGAUGAUGAAUUCACUUAUUGACAUGUAUGGGAAAUGUGGGAGGAUGGAUCUUGCAUAUAGAGUGUUUUCUUGGAUGGAAAAAAGAAAUGUAUCGUCAUGGACAUCUAUGAUCGUUGGUUAUGCUCUGCAUGGGCAUGGGGAGGAUGCGCUUGAGUCCUUCCGUUGCAUGAGGGAAGCUCACGUGAAACCUAAUCAUGUGACCUUUGUUGGGGUUCUGAGUGCUUGUGUGCAUGUAGGGAAGGUGGAAGAGGGGAAGUACUAUUUUAACAUGAUGAAAAAUGAAUAUAAGAUUGUGCCGAUGUUACAACACUAUGGGUGCAUGGUUGAUUUGCUUGGACGGGCAGGGUUGUUUGAGGAGGCUAGGGAUAUGGUGGAGGGGAUGCCAAUGAAGGCAAACGUUGUGAUUUGGGGAUGCCUCUUGGGGGCUUGUGAAAAACACAGGAACGUGAAGAUGGGAGAAUGGGCAGCUAAGCACUUGCAAGAGUUGGAACCUUGGAGUGAUGGGGUAUAUGUUGUUUUGUCCAAUAUCUAUGCCAGUAGUGGUCUUUGGGAAGAUGUGGAAAGGAUGAGAGAAAUUUUGAAGCAGAGAAAACUCAGCAAAAUUCCUGCUUAUAGCUUGCCCACAAGCUUGGGCUGAAAUUUCUUGCUUUUUGGGCUUAUGGCUCAUUUGAGUAUCUUUUACAUGCAUACAAGUGAUACUCACUUGCCCCAUUUUCAAUGCAAUUUGUUACGAGAAGUGGAAUGGUCUCAGCCAAUGCUAAUCUGAUAUGGUGGCUGCAAAUUAUAGCUUAUUUGGUUGCACGAAGUGGUUUUUUCUGAAGAUGAGUAGUUUCUUAUUUGGAUUUUACCAAAUGCUCGUCCUUUCAGAAAAUUCAGCGGUUUCAACCAUAUCAACAGAAUAUUUCUCACCUAAACAGGUUUUGAUGUGGAUGCUACAAUCAAUGCUUCUUCUGCAUCAAAAACUACAAAGAUCUUGAUUGUGAUUCUCUUGCAAACAAUGGAUGGCGACAUGCUUCUCAUACUUUGGUGAUAGCUAUGUUACUGAAUAUGGAAGCCACGAUGGAAAAAUAGUACCUUUGAUAGAUCUUAACUACUUCAGAUGCACCAAAAAGGGUUUAAAAGAAAUUGAGAAACUGUCUUGCUUUAACAUCAACGUACCCGAUGAAUGGUGAGAGGAAGAGGUACGACGAGUUCAUGGUGGAGACUCUAAGCUCAAGCGGGGAAUCCAAAAAUGAUUUGGCAAAUGAAGUUGUCAAGAAAUGCAAGUUAGUGGCUAUGCCCUGUCUCUAUACUUCAAGUCAAGCUUCACACGAAGAAUGAAAAUGGAAACGCCUU